GGUUUGCUCUCUACCGCCACUGUCGUAAGUGUACAAGAGGAUGGGAGUGGAGUGCGUGCACAGACAAGUGCGUUUAACUCCCCUUGAAUUCCUCUGACAGUGAUGUACACGUAUGCAGCGUCUAAUCUGCGAUACUUCUCCAAUGUUGCUCUCGACACUGUCUAGUUUUCUUUGCUCGGAAAUGCCAUUUUGACCCACCCGCCGUCUGAAAGACAUGUAACUUUGGGAGAGCUUGGCAACCAGGUAGUGGACAGCUCUACAGCAGCAUGCUGUGUCUCGCGAACAAUAUUCCCUGGGUCUUCGCGGAGUCUACUUCUUUUGUUUCCCUCUGGAUGUAUUGUCAAAUGGUUUAAUUGACGUUUGAUUGGAGGUAGUACGCAGAAGGGCAAGGGAGAAUGGCUUCGAAAGAGCGACUGUACGAGCUGUGGAUGUUAUAUUACACUAAGAAAGAUGUCGGGUACCUGCAGCAGUGGCUGGAGGCAUUCGUGGCAUCUUUUGAGAAGGUCAUUGAUGUGCAGUCAACGGAGCCUCGCCGGCUGGAGGAAUGGAGCACCGAUAUCCCCCUCAUCCCCAAGGAGGUACUGGUCUUCCUCAGCACCCAGCUAUGGCACAGCGCCCUCCACCUGUCAGGGCAGGACCAGAACAGUACUGCUCCACACCCACUGCUCCUCAUCAAGUUCUUCAUCAUCAUCUGCAGGAAUAUGGAGAAUAUUGACUCUGAAAAGACCCCUGGGUUUGUGUUUGAGACAAUCAAGCUCCUAAACUUCUGUUUGACCCAGCUGAAGAAGCAGCCAGAUGAUCAGAGCACCUUACAGUCAGUGGUACAACACGGCCUGCUGUUGUGCGAAACUCUCUUUGACCCUUAUCAAACGUGGAGGAGACGCCAGGCGGGGGAGGAGGUCAGUAUGCUGGAGAGAAGCAAGUAUAAAUUCUCCCCUCUUGUUCUGCCAGAGGAGCUUCCUGUGCUCUUCCACGACAGCCUGCAGGAGAGUGAACAAAUCCCAGAAGCUCUGGUGCUGAGGCUGGUGCAUCUACAGGGAGCCGUGAUAAGUGGAUGCAAGAGGAAUGGCCUGCUCUCCAUCACGCCUCAGGCUGUGGAGGACCUGAUGUCAGUGCUUCGUUCCUGGUGCCUCUGUCCCAACCCAUCCCCGAAAGAACCUAGGGACCCUGGGUUGCUCAAAAUGACCCUGCGGUGCCUAACCGCAAUGAUCCACCUCCUGCAUUCUAGCAAUCCAGCCGAGAGACAACUGGAGAUCCGGACUGUACUGGACAGCUACUUCCAGCUGCUCAACUGGAACCGACCACCGGCCAGCCAGCAUGAAGAUAUCCUGGCCUGGGAGGACAAUCUGAUCCCCUUGCUCGAACAUAUGCUGAAUGCAAUCCCAGAGAUCCUGCAGUGCUCAGACCGGCCGGUGCUGCAGGCCAUUUUUCUCAACAACAACUGCUUUGAACACAUCCUCCGCCUCAUCCAGAACAGCAAGGUCUGGGAAAAGGGCUCUGAUUGCAUCACAGUACACGCCAUUCGAGUCCUCACCGCCAUUAUGAGCAACUCGCCCUCUGCCAAGGAGGUCUUUAAGGAGCGGAUUGGCUACUCGCAGUUGUUUGAUGUGUUGAAAAGCCAAGGACAGCCCACCAAAAGACUCCUGCAGGAGCUGAUGAACAUGGCUGUGGAAGGAGAGCAUUCCCAGGCCAUGCAGUUGGGGAUCAGUAAUGAACAGCCCCUGCUUCUGCUGCUGCAGUGGUUGCCUGAUCUGGGCUCUCGUUCUCUGCAGCUGCUGGUGUCCCAAUGGCUGGCGGCCAUCUGUCGAGGCACCUUAUCCUGCCGCACUGUAGCCGUGGAGGUAGGAAUGGUAGGGGCUCUGCUGGAGGUGCUCUCCGAAUCCCCAGAGCGGCUCGACCGACAGUGCGCGGAUGCCCUCCUUGGUCUGCUGCAGGACCUGGGGUCACUCUCUCUGCGGCCUCGUGAACUGAAGGGUCUACUAAGGCUCUUGCGGACCGAGCCUGGUGCGCCGCCACACCCGUACUGCGGGCGUGUGGUGAGAGUACUUUACGCCAUGGCCGCCCGCGGGGAGUGCGGGCGCAGCGCUUUGCAGUAUUUUGACCUUAUGCCCCCUAUGGCGGGUGUUAUGGUGCCAGCUAUCCAGCGCUGGCCAGGGAACGCUUUUGCCUUCCAUGCUUGGCUGUGCCUUAACACGGACUUUCCAUCUCCUCAACACCACUUCUCAGAAUCCCACCUGACAAACCCUGACAGCGCAGUCCGCAUGGCAAAGGGCCCACGUAGGAAACAGCUUUACAGUUUCUUCACAGCAAGUGGUACUGGCUUUGAGGCUUUUUUCACCACAGAAGGAGUUCUUGUGGUGGCAGUAUGUACGAAAAAGGAGUACAUGGCUGUUUCCUUGCCAGACAACCCACUCAAUGACUGCGCCUGGCACUCAGUAGCCAUAGUUCAUGUUCCUGGUCGUCGCCCCUUUGGACAGAAUGUGGUCACUGUCUAUGUGGAUGGAGAUCUGUGUAAGACAGCACCUCUGCGGUUUCCGUCACUGAACGAGCCUUUCACAUCCUGCUGCAUUGGAUCAGCUGGUCACCGGACCACUACCACCAUGACUACCUCUCCCACCCUUCCCAACCCAUCCCACUCACCCUCUGAACUGGCAUUUGCACCUCAUACAGGACCUCCCACCCUCGCCCGCUCCCAGUCCUUCCCAGCUGCUUUUGCAGCAGCCACAGGUAGCCGGCCGGGGGUGGGACAAGACUGCCAGGUUCACACCAUCCCUGCAGGGCUACAGGACACAGCGUGGGGCUCGCCCUCAUCACUGGGUGGCCUUUUAGCCACAGCGUUCAUCUGCCAUGAAGCUCUGCAGCCUGCUCAGGUCCGAGCACUCUUCACUGCAGGUCCCAAUAAUGUUUCUCUAUUUAAAGCGGAUGGAGAACCUUCAGAAGUCAACAGUAAACUAGUGGUAUACUAUACCCCUCAGGCCUUUAAGAGCCAGAUCUGCUUAGAUCUGUCACCUAAUCAUCUGUAUGAUGGCAGGCUGACUGGUCACAGGGUGGUUAACUGGGACAUCAAGGAUGUGCUGAGUUCAGUGGGUGGCAUGGGGGCUCUCCUGCCUCUGCUGGAGCAAGUGUGUUUACUGGAGCAGGGUGAGACUGUUGGUCAGGAGACAUCAGAUCUUCUUGGGCCUGAGCUCACAUCCUCCAGGGGCCCUGCCGGCAUGCUACUGCCACUGGGGAAGUCAUCUGAGGGACGUUUAGAGAAGAACAGUGUGGCAGCGUCUUUGCUGAUGAUCAAGAACAUGCUGCGCAAUCACCCAACCAAUCAGGAGAGUCUGCUUCAGUGCCACGGGCCGCCCAUCAUCGGAGCUAUGCUCAGCAAGGUCCCCAGCAGGAUGAUGGACAUGAGCGUGCUGACGGCCUGUCAGUUCCUGCUCAAGCAGGUGUCCAACGAGGGCAACAAUGCCCUCUUAUCACAACUGUACCAGUACCUGCUGUUUGACUUCCGAAUCUGGAGCCACAGCCACUUUGCUGUCUGCCUGGGUCAUGUGCAGUACCUAACCACCGUCAUCAAUGAAGGCAAGCUGAAGACCCGCAGAAAAUAUGGUGUUCAGUACAUCCUGGACUCGAUUCGGACACACUACAGUACGGAAAAGGACGGCAGUCCUUUGUCUGAUGAAAGGCGAACGGUGCAGAUCUCUCUUUUCUCUCUGUUGAAGGAUCUUCUGAAGUCUCCAACUGCUGAGGAGCUUCACAGUGUACUAGCAUAUGCUACUAUAGUGCAGGACGAGCAACAGGUGAUCAGUGUUCUGGAUGUGUUGCACACUGUAUUGAGGAGUUCUCCUUCUCCACGUGAGCAAGCUGUGACUGUCCUUCUGGAGCGAGGGGUGGAGCAGCUCUACUGUCUGCUGCUCAAACCAAAUUUUGGUGAUGAGGCCCGUGAGAGAGUUUUCAGGGUCAUGUAUAAAGUCCUGAAGAGUGAGCGUGUUCCUGAGCGCAGUAAACAGCGCAUCAAACUCAAGGACUCCGGCUACCUCGGCCUGGUCUGCUCCUUUGGAGACAUCCCCGUCACGAUGACGACUGUACGCUGCCUCUAUGAGCAGGUGCUCGCCACAGAUCCUGUUCCUAAUUUCAGAGACCUGUUGGCUGUGGCGUACCUGUCCCAUCGCGCCGACCUCAGUGUUCGACUAGAUAUCUGUCGUAAGCUCUUCCAUUUGAUCUAUUCCAAUGAAGAGUAUGUAAAGCAGCUCGCUCGUCAGCCUGGGUGGCAGGACGUUCUCACCAAACUCUACAUCAAAGAAUCGUACGAGUCUCGCGUUCUCAGCCAAUCAAAUUCCAUAUCCAGCCCCACCACCUCGCUGGACCCCGUUCUGUCCAGACCCGUCUUCCGUCGGGAGGACAGUGUGAGUGAAGACACCCGGCAGAACGUCUACAUCUCCCUCAGUGCCCGCCACGAGGAGGAAUACGAGGAUGAGGGAGACGACACAGCUCAGGAUGCAUCUGAGGGCUACUCCGACCUCUCGCAGUCGCCCCCAUCAACUGAGCAUCUCAAGAAUGACUCCCUCCACUUCAAGCCGUUUGACUCGGCAGAGCAAGGAAGUCGUUCGUCCACAUUGUCCAGCACUUUGGACAUUCCAUCAUCGUCCCGCCUGUUGGAGGAAGAGGAGAAUGUGUAUCAGCCGCUCUCGCCUUUCAGCUCACCCUUUGAGCUGGAACUUAGCAUUCAGAAAGGACCUCAGACCCUUGCAGGAAGUCAGCCAGAGACCCCUUCUCCUCUGGAGCACAACAAAGCCUUCCCAGGGAUGAGACCACGCAAGAGUUCCAGUUUGUCCAAUGUUCUGGACGACACAAGCUACAGCACUGAACCACCUACAGACACCAUCUCCAACACGUCCAACCCACAGGCUCCAGAGGAGGAGUUAUGUAAUUUACUGACUAACAUCGUGUUCUCUGUGCUGUGGAGUGGCACUGAGGGUUCUGAGGAUGUGAUAUGGAGAGAAAGGGGGCAAGUCUUCUCUGUUCUCACCAAGCUUGGCUCAUCUUGCCAGCUGGUGAGGCCACCUGAUGACAUCAAACGCAGUCUGUUGGAGAUGAUGCUGGAGUCGUCUCUGUCAGAUUUAAGGGACUCACAGGGUGUGUCCCUACCAUAUGUGCCUUCUUUACUCCGCCUCCUUAGACUGCUCCAGGAUUUCCUAUUCGCAGAGGGCACUGACAAUCAAACACUAUGGAGUGAGAAGAUCUUUGAGGGGGUGGUGAAUCUUUUGGACAGGCUGCAGGCGUGGCACACGACCCCUGGAUCAGUAGGGGCCCCUGAACUCAAAGAGAUGUCUCUUAUUGGCCUGCGCAUCAUCACUGGAUACAUUCAGCAGCAGCAGAACCCACAGGUGUGUGAGAUGGCAUGUUUAAAGCUGCACAGUCUGCUACAGACUGUGUUAAGUCUGUCCUGGGAGGAGGUUUGUUUUCUGCUGGGUCGUCUUGGUGCACAUCUUUGGCCUGCAAACUCGGGUUCUGACCCAAGCAUCGAAGCUUUGCUGAGCCCAUUGGUGCCCAUCGUCCGUGCACUGCUGGACCAGCAUGCAGAUCGCACCACCCUUCAGAAGAUGCUGCCCAACCUGCCCGCCACCAACGGCAGCCCCUCCUUCGCCCAAGAUCUCCACAACUACUGCAGCACUGCAGAGUGGCAACAUUUCAACCAGAACCACGUGGAGCCCACUAUGCAGCAAUAUGAGCUAGACACUUUUGGGAAGAGUCACGACCUGAUGUCCAACUUUUGGAAUUCCUGUUUUGAUGACCUCAUGAGCACUGCGCAGAGGAGAGACAAGGACCGCACCGAAUGCAAAGCCAAGUUUCAGGAGCUCAUAGUUGACCCAUACCUAAAACGCAUGCGUACUGAGAACAGCCGAUUUCACAGCGUGCAGAAGAUGAGUAACGGCCAGCAGGUGGUGGUAUGGAGGCACUGGAAAUCUCUCCGUAGGUUACUCAGCAGUGAGAGAGGAGCCUGGGCACUCAGGGUUCAGCCAGAGGUAAAAUGGAAACUAUCGAGUGCAGAGACGUACUCUAAGAUGCGUCUGAAGCUGGUGCCCAACUACAACUUUGAUUCCCACGCUGAGGCCAGUGCACUAAGAGAUAACAUGGGAGCUGACAGCCCUCGCAGCUCGACUGAGCUUCCCCUCGCUGUUGCCAAGGAAGCCAAAGUUAGUGACAUGGAGGAUGAUAAGCUAGAGGAUGAGGACUUUGUUUUCCUUGACCAGGUGGAGGAGGGUGAGGAGGAGAGCCAGAAAGAGAAGCUGGUGCUCUCUGAGGAGUGUGAGCUCAUCACCAUUGUUGCCGUGGUACCAGGUCGUCUAGAGGUCACAACACACCACCUGUAUUUCUAUGAUGGCAACAGUGAAAAAGAGGAGACAGAGGAAGGUAUAGGGUUUGAUUUCAAGAGGCCUUUGUCACAGCUCAGGGAGGUUCAUCUGAGGCGCUACAACCUACGGAGAUCAGCACUCGAGCUGUUCUUCAUUGACCAGGCACACUACUUCGUCAACUUCAGGAAGGGGGUGCGGAACAAGGUCUACUCCAGGAUCCUGGGUCUCCGACCACCCAACCUGUUCUACUUUGGAUCUCGCUCUCCUCAGGAGCUCUUGAAAGCCUCCAACCUUACUCAUAGAUGGGUUUGCAGAGAGAUCUCCAAUUUUGAGUAUCUGAUGCAGCUCAACACCAUUGCUGGUCGCACAUACAACGAUUUAUCGCAGUACCCAGUGUUCCCUUGGGUGUUGUGUGACUACACAUCUCAGGAAUUGGAUCUGGAUGACGCAGCAGUCUUCAGAGAUCUGUCCAAACCCAUCGGUGUUGUCAACUCUCGCCAUGCACAGAACGUCAGGGAGAAGUAUGAGAGUUUUGAGGACCCCACAGGCACUAUUGAUAAGUUCCACUAUGGCACACACUACUCUAAUGCUGCCGGUGUCAUGCACUACAUGAUCCGCACCGAGCCUUUCACCUCAUUACAUAUACAGCUCCAGAGUGGCAAGUUUGAUUGUGCUGAUAGGCAGUUUCAUUCGGUGGCAGCAGCAUGGCAGGCCCGCAUGGAGAGUCCAGCAGAUGUGAAGGAGCUCAUCCCAGAGUUCUUCUACUUCCCAGAGUUCCUGCAGAACAUGAAUGGGUUUGAUCUGGGCUGCCUGCAGAUGAAUCAGGACAUGGUGAACGAUGUGUUGCUUCCACCCUGGGCAUCUUCACGUGAAGAUUUUAUCAGAAAACACCGCAAAGCCUUGGAGAGUGAGCAUGUGUCGGCUCACCUGCACAAGUGGAUAGAUCUUAUAUUUGGUUAUAAGCAGCGAGGACCAGAAGCAGUGGAGGCUCUCAAUGUCUUCUACUACUGCACCUAUGAAGGUGCAGUGGAUCUGGAUGCCAUAGCUAAUGAGACAGAGCGGAAGGCUCUGGAGGGCAUCAUCAGCAACUUUGGCCAGACGCCCUGUCAGCUUCUUAAGGAGCCCCACCCUCCCCGUAUGUCAGCAGAGAACGCAUUCAGGCGGCAGGCCCGUCUCGACCUACUGCCCCCCAACCUUUUUGAUCAACUUAAUAAACUCAGAUCUUUCAAGGAGGUGGUGAGUGAUGGUCUGCCAUUAGUGCAAGCCGUGGUUCCCAGAAAUCAAACCCGCUCAUUUAUUAUCCCAGGCUCUGAUAUACUGGUUACAGUGAAUGCUAAUGGAAUGAUAGGCACUCAUAGCUGGCUGCCAUAUGACAAGAACAUAGCUAAUUACUUCACCUUUACCAGAGACCCCACUGUGAGCAAUCCAAAGACUCAACGGUUCCUAAGCGGGCCGUUCUCCCCAGGGGUGGACAUUGGGUCCCAGGUGCUGGUGGUGUCCAGUGACGGGCGUCUGCUGUUCAGUGGGGGGCACUGGGACUGCAGUCUCCGGGUCACUAUGUUAGGCAAGGCCAAGCUGGUGGGGAGGAUCUGUCGUCACAUAGAUGUUGUGACAUGUCUGGCUUUGGACCUCUGUGGUAUCUACCUCAUCUCUGGCUCCCGGGACACCACCUGCAUGGUGUGGCAAGUCCUACAACAGGGUGGUUUCUCUAGUGGUCUGUCUCCACGGCCAGUGCAGGUGCUUAGUGGACAUGAUCAGGAGGUCACAUGUGUCGCCAUCAGCACUGAGUUGGACAUGGCAAUCUCAGGGUCAAAGGAUGGCACAGUAAUCGUACACAGUGUGCGUCGUGGGCAGUACCUGCGGACGCUGCGACCGCCCUGUGAGAGCUGCAUUCUUGCCCCUGUGGCACAACUGGAGGUUGGCAUGGAAGGUCACAUAGUGGCACAGACAGUUAUGGAGGGGCGCUCUGCUGGAAAGGAGAAGUAUGCACUGCACGUGUAUUCUGUAAAUGGCACUCUACUUGCAUCUGUAACCUUGGAUGAGAAGGUCUCAGCAUUGCACCUGGUGCCUGAUUACCUCAUUGUGGGCACACAACAGGGAAACCUCCACAUUCGAGACUUAUACAGCUUGAACCUAGCUGUGGCACCCUUGGCCCUGAAGGUCCCUGUGUGCUGUGUGUCUGUCACUAAAGAGAGCAGUCAUAUUCUGGUGGGUCUGGAGGAUGGCAAACUCAUCGUGGUAGGAGCAGGAAAACCCGAGGAGGUACGGUCAGGGCAGUUUUCUCGUCGACUGUGGGGCUCCACACGCAGAAUCUCCCAAGUGUCCUCAGGAGAGACAGAGUACAACCCUGUUGAACCUGCUGGGAAAUGAGUGUAGCACUCACUCUUCACGUGCCUUCAGCAAAACCUUUACCUGCAGAAGAGACGCGAAUCACCAUCACAGGUCCUGCAACGCUCAUCCAGGAAUGGACAGAGCUGUUCUAAAACAGCGAGCUUGGGAACAAGAGAGCAUAAAGGGAACACAAGUUAUGAAUAUCCAAACCUGCACUUUUUUCUAUGAAAAGGGAUCAAAAACGUUCUUCUUUAAAAAUGCAAUGAUUUAUACUGCUUUUAACAAACAAACAUUCCAAAGAUUUUUAAUCAUUUCAAUCAGACAGUCACCUGACAGCCUGUCGUCAGUCUUAACUAAUGUUGUAGGGCUGAACUUGAACUUCUUAAAAGCAGUAUGUUCUGUCCUGUGAAUCACAGACUGCCUUCUCAGUGGCUGGAGUCCAAGGCACUGUAGCUCAGAGUGAUGGACUGAUCUCUGUCACUGAGUGACAAAACUGCAUCACCUGAGCCGUUUUAUAGUAUAGUCGAUCUUCCUAUGCAGAUAUUCGCUUUUGCUUUGCCAAUCAUGUUAUGGUUGGCAGUGCAACACUGGUACUUUGUCGGAAACUUGAAAACUUUCUUAUAUUGCGCAAUGUUGUCUAUAAAGCCAGAAAUUUCUGUCGGACAGGCAUCAACAUUUUAGCUGGGUGUAUGUGUAUAUAUAGUAUAUGUGGUUGUGGGUUUAUGUAGCAUGUGAUUUUUGUGUGGCUAUUUGCAGAUGCAUUGUGUAACGCAAUAAUGUGACACCUAAAUUGGAACAAGCUUUUCUAAAGGAAUAGUUCACCCAAAAAUGAAAGUUUGAUCAUCAUUUACUCACCGUCAUGUCGUUUUAAACCUUUAUGCUGUUAUUUUUUGCGUGAAACAUAAAAGGUUCAUUUUUAAGUCUUCGCGCAUACAAUGACAUUUCAUAGUAACCACAUCUGUCAAGCUCAAAAAAGCACCAUAAGUGCUUUCUAUGUAAUUUUGCAUGGUAUGUUUCAAGUCUUUGAAAUCAUAUGGACUACUUCAGUGGUGUUUUUGUCCUCUGUGGAGCUUUGCAGAUGUAGUCACUAUAAAGUUUUAUUUUAUGGAAAGAUUUUUAUGAAAAAUUCUACUUUUGUGUUCCACUGGGAAAAAAAGACUGCAUACAGGUUUGGAACGACAUGAGGGUGAAUAAAUAAUGACGAAGUUAAAAAAAUGUAACUGUACCUUUAGCUGUUUUGUAAUAAUGCGCUUUGAGCCCUGCCUAAGACUUGAGACUUGAUUCAUUUUAUCUGGUGCCUUAAAAGAAAAACAAAGUAAAUUUAUUCAUGAUUAUAUAACAUGAUUUCUAGUAUCUAAUCACUGGAUUUAGUUGCUACUGAUGAAAAUUGGCACACCUCAUUGACUCUCCUGCACAUUGUAAAUCUUUCAUAUCCUGUUGGAUGUUAUAUAAAGGAAGUGCCUUCCCUGUCAAUGCUUUGAGGGAUUCACACCAACACUCACACAAUUAGAAAAAUCCUCUUAACCAUUUAUCUCUCCUAAGACAAUCUUCCACUGUAGGGCACAGCUUCCUAUUUCACGGGUGGAAAUUAAACAUGGUAUGACAACAGAUCAAGCCAUGGUGUCUGCUUUUGGCUUCUUUUCAUAUCAUGGUCAUGAUGCAUGGUUUGGCACAUGCUUGCAUGCCACUUUAUUUGAAGUUAUAGUGAAUAUUCACCAAAAAAUUAAAACUCUAUCAUAAUUCACUCACCCUCAUGUCAUUCCAAACCUGUUUUACUUUUUCUGUGGAACACAAAAGGUGAUUUUUUUUUUAAAUGAAAAGUAGCUUGGCUUUCAUGCUCCAAAAUUACAAAAAGCACCAUUAAAGUAUCAUGAAAGUAGUCCAAAUAUUCUGAAACCAGGCAAUAGCUUUGUGUGGAUAAUGACUUAAAUUUCAGUCUGUUCCUCACACAAAGCUAUCCUGUGGCUUCAGAAGAUUUGGGAUAUAGCACAUGAGUACUUUAAUGGUGCUUUUUGGACCAGUCUCCAUUCACUUUAAAUAAAUGGAAAUAAGCUGCCAGGAUAUUCUCCAAAAAACGCAUUUUGUGUUCCUAAGAAGUCAUAGAGGUUUGGAACGAGAUGGGGGUGCGUAAAUGAUUAUUCCUAUUAACAGAAAGUCCAAAAUACUUCAGGGCACUUUCAGGGCACUUCUUGUACCUUUUAUCCAUCUUUUACCUCUCUUUAACUCUUUUUAAAGUGCCUCAACUACUGUGUGCUUUAUUUAAUCAUGGAACUAUUUGUACUAUGUGAAACAAACACCAGCUAAUCUGAAUUGUCAUGUGAAUGUGUCUGUUGGCUGGGGCAAACUCUCUGUUAUCAUUGGAAUUUUGUCUGGAUGUUUUUUUUUCUCUUGAUGCACUGAAUGUUUUAAAGGCUGUGCUGUGUGAGUUGUGUCUGUGAGACACAUGGGUAUUCGGCCCUACUGAGCGAGUGAAAAAGCCGAGGACACAUUUUCCUGGCUUUUCUGAGAUAGUGUCAUUAUAGGGAUAGUUCACCCAGGAAUGAAAAUGUUCUCAUCAUUUACUCACCCUCAUGCCAUCCCAGAUGUGUAUGACUUUCUUUUUUGUGCAGAACACAAACAGAAUUUUUAGAAGAAUAUCUCAGCUCUGUAGGCCAAUACAAUGCAAGUGAAUGGUGACCAGACAUUUGAAGCACAAAAAAAUCACAAAGGCAUCAUAAAAGUAAUUUAUAAGACUCCAGUGGUUAAAUCCAUGUCUUCAGAAGCGAUAUGAUAGGUGUGGGUGAGAAACGAAUUAAGGCUUAAAUCCUUUUUUACUAUAAAUCUCCACUUUCAGAAUGUGAAAUAAUGUGAAAGUGGAGAUUGUAUAAAAGUGGACAUCUGGGAUGGCAUGAGGGUGAGUAAAUGAUAAAAGAAUUGUAAUUUUUUGGGUGAACUAUCCCUUUAAAUCUGCUGCUCUGCAUUGGAUAGCAAAGUCAGCAGAGAAGCAAAGGGAAGCACAAAGUACACAGGCCUAUACACUGAAUAAUACCACUGUCCUCUGUAUCACUGCACUAGGAUCACGCAUAGUUCAAACACUGCCACUUGAGAACCUAUUACUGUAUCUUUGUGAAGGAGGAGAUUCUUGAAAACAUUGUAUUAUUUUUCACUGUAUUCCCGGUAAACCCCCGCUGCACAUGCAUAAAUCCUUGCACUAUGUUACAGUCUGUUUUAUGGGCAUGGUCUUGAAGAUCAAAUGAUGAUCAACUUUGAUUUUUGUUGGGAAACUGAAGCCAUAAGAGAAUGUGUUUUUUUUUUUUUUUUUUUUUUACUAAACGUUUACGACUAAAUUGCUCCACGAGUACUAUUUGCAGGAACUAUGUUGUCAAGCAGAUUGAAUUACGUUGUACUAACAUCAAAGCCUAAGUUCAGUUCAAAUUAAUGUCAGCUUCAAAAGAGAUGUAAACAACUAUUCUCUGUUGAACUCAGACUUGGGACUUGACUUGUCUUCUGUGCUUCAGUGUUUCACAGCCUUCCUAUUUGUGUGAGUAAUGUUAUUAUGUGCAUGUAUGCGGUUUCUUUUAAUUAAAUAUAUAAGUCUG